ACCCGCAGGCAAUUCCCACUAAUCGAACGAAAGCGAGAAAUCCUUUGCUAACUUGCGCGUAUUCGCCGGAAUUUAGAUCGUCGGAAUAUGGGAUACAUGAGUAGGUUGUGGAUGGCUACGAGCGUGGCGGUUGUAGGGGCUGGCCACGCGGAGCACGGUGCCAAGUGGAGCGCCGGGAUUGAUUCGAUGAAGCUUGGGAGGGAGCGACUGGCGGCAGCCGGAGUUAUUCCGGCUGCCUGGUUGGCCGCCGAUCGGUCACGCGGUGACAGCGGGCUCCGGGAGGAGGGCCGCGCUCAGGCGGAGGAUUCCCUACGGAAGGUCAUGUAUUUGAGCUGCUGGGGGCCCAGCUGAUGCUCCUGAUCGAGAUGAAGGAGAUCGAAUAACUUUCUGUAAAGGGGGAAAAGUGACGAUGUAGAGUGGUUAUCGUCGAUCAGGGACUCACGGCGACGAUCGGCCGUCAGGUCGUCGGGGCGUGGGUCAGGAUGGAUCAGAAGCGCAGAUCUGAACUCUGAAGAUAUUGGAGAAAUUGUUCAUAUCUUUUAUGCUUUUUCUCUUAAAACUUUUAGAAAAGGGAGCCUUAUCUGUUCGGAUUGGACAUAAAUAAAAUCUUUGAAGAUAAGAAGCCUCUUAAUUCCGAAA